CCCUACUAACAUUGACCAUGGCAUCGAGCGAUAGCGACGCGCUGGUGACUUCCAGUGACCCCCUUCAUCCGGCGAAUUUGAUUCCGGAGCUCUGUCGAGGGUUUUAUCAUCUGGGAUGGGUUACUGGGACUGGAGGGGGCAUUAGUAUCCGCCAAGGUGAUAAAGUAUACAUCGCCCCCUCCGGCGUGCAGAAGGAGCGCAUCCACCCCACCCACAUGUUCGUCCUCCCCUACCCGCAGCCGUCCCCGCACGCGGACCGCGUCUUCCUCCGCCGCCCCGCGCAGAACCUCAAGGAGAGCGCGUGCACGCCGCUGUUCUGGAACGCGUUCGAGCUGCGGGACGCGGGGAGCUGCAUACAUACGCAUAGCCAGCAUGCGGUCAUGGCGACGCUGCUUUGGCCGGAGAAGGAGUUUCGGAUCUCGCAUCAGGAGAUGAUCAAAGGCGUGCGCAUCGGCGGCACCGGGCGGGCACUGUCCUUCCUCGAUACGCUUGUCGUCCCCAUCAUCGAGAACACGCCGAAUGAGGAAGACCUGAGGGAGAGCAUGCACGAGGCGAUGGUCAAAUACCCUGACGCUGCUGGUGUGCUGGUGCGGAGGCACGGGGUAUAUGUAUGGGGCUCAGAUUGGGAGAAGGCGAAGGCGCAGACUGAGUGCCUGGACUACCUCUUUGAGGUCGGUGUCAAGAUGAAGUUAGCAGGGCUCCCAACUAUCCUCGAGAGCUACCCGUGAUUCCGUUGAACGCGGGGAUGACUUGGACGCGGUGCAACAUUAUACUGGAAUAACGCGUCGGUCCCUGUCCAAUAAGAGAGGGUCUCUUCGUAGAUGGGUUGUAGAUAUGUAGAAUCAUCAUGAUUAUAUCACACCUAGGGCUGUCCGGAGUCCGUGCAGUCACGUG